UUGAAGCGGAACGGACGACUGGCCCACGCACAGAAGGCAAGCGUUUCAAAAUGGCGAUUCCACUAGCUUCGCAACGUUUCGGAAGCAUGCCAGAGUUUAACCCGAGCAGCGACGACAUCAAGUCGUAUUUCGAGAGGUUUGAGAACUUGGUGGCACUUAUUGAGGUUCCGGUGACAAAGAAGCUGAGACUGUUCUUGAAAGUAGUAGGAAACACCGUGUACGGGAAGCUCAAGAAAAUUUUAGUCCCUGACAGACCUACUGACAAAACCUUCGCAGAAAUACAGGAGGUUCUACAACAACACUACAGUCCUGAGUAUUCUGUAAUCGCCGAGCGUUGCAAGUUCAACAAACGCAUGCAAAAGGAAGGAGAAUGCGUCAAAGUCUUCCUGACAGAAUUGAAACAUCUGGCGCGUAAUUGCGAGUUCAAGGCGUUUCUAAACGAUGCGUUAAGGGAUCGACUCAUGGCAGGACUGCGCGACCAAGAGACUCAAAGGAUAUUGUUCAUAACUGAAAACUUAACCUUUGAAAAAGCGUGCAAAACUGCACUUGAAAAAGAACUUGCUGCCAAGCAAACCAUAGAGCUACAUUCUAAAGCAGAAUGCUCAACCGACAUUAAUGCGGCUAUUAUGGACAAAGUCCUAGAAGGAAUUCCUAACGUAGGAUGCUAUAUAGACGACGUCAUCAUCACUGGCCACAGUGUAGAAGACUGCUACACAACUGCCACAAAAGUCCUGAAAGCACUCAGCGACCACAACAUAACACUGAAGGAAGAAAAAUGCCAAUUUUUUCGCGAUUCUGAGGUUUACCUCGGGCCCAAGGUCUCGAAGGAGGGCAUCUAA